UUCAUCCCUUUCAGGAGCUCCGCCGCAAGCACCAUCAGGCCGGUUCUCCUCCGUCGCGUCCAGUUCAUCUUCAUCCUCAAUCUCCAUCGUAGCUCAGCCGUGCCUGUCAGUUUCUCAGCUUCUGGCUCAUCGACGCUCCUUAAUCUUCGUUCUCGGCGGUGCUUUUUUUGCCGGUUAGACAAGGAACUUCUGGGUUCAAUUGAAACUGUGUGGGGAUCAAGACUAUGAGCUUCGCAACAUCAUUUUGUAGGAGAGUUAGCAUCAAAGAGCUUACCACCAGCAUCCCAAUUUAUAACAGUGCCAGUGAUGCAUCUGGCGGAGGAUUGAGUUUGCUGUUCAGGCGUUGGGCCACUAAGAAGUCGGCUGGAUCAACAAAGAACGGAAGAGACUCAAAACCGAAGAAUCUUGGAGUGAAGAAGUUUGGUGGAGAGAGAGUUAUACCAGGAAACAUCAUUGUUCGACAGCGGGGCACCAGGUUCCACCCCGGGAACUACGUUGGAAUUGGGAAAGAUCACACCCUCUUUGCAAUGAAAGAAGGGCUGGUGCAGUUUGAGCAGCACAAGCUCAGCGGCCGCAAGUGGGUGCACAUCAUUCCAAAGGAUGGCCACUCGCUUCACCCGGUGUACGCAGAGGCCGCCACCAUACCUGAGCUGAAGACAGCUACUUAAAACAACCCCAAUUCCGAAAUUCGGUGGUUCAGCACAAUUCCGUAUUUCACGCCCCUUUUCGCUACGAUAACUGCCAAAGUCGCUGGGUUAAAAGUCCACAGUUAUGGUGUCGUUUACCGAUCUCUUAUCUUCUUUUUUUAGGCACAGGAAAGAGCUCGAGGUACAAGCUGAAACGCUCGGGAUAAAAUAGCGAUGCAAUUGUUGCUCCACUCUUUGGGAAAUCAGACACCAAUAAGAACAGGACAGAUCUCUUUCACCUGUUGUUGUUUAUUGGAGGAUCUCAAGGGGUCCGUCUUCCUGUGUGAAAUUGCAUGAUGAGAAGAGCGACAUACAAUCAUUUGAGCAAGAUUUGUCUAAUUCAAUGGUUGGAUCACUGAGAAUUUUUCAAUAAACAUCUAAUGAGGAGAAAAUACUAACUAUGUGAUGAA